AUGCCAGCGGACAAGGAAAAGUAUGGUCGUAACGACGCCCAGGUUGAAUACGCCGCCACAGCCGACGCACAAUCUCCUACUGACCAGGUUGUUUACUUUGUGAAUGGUGAACGCCGCAUCUACGUCCCUGGCAGCGAUCUAGAGAAGCGCAUGGUUCGCAAGAUUGACUUGCAUAUGUUUACUUGCGUCUGCAUCCUGUAUCUUCUGAACUAUCUCGACCGUCAAAACAUCGGCAACGCCAAGGUCGCAGGAAUGCAAGAUGACCUCAAGCUUUCGUCUUCGGACUAUUCGGUGGCGUUGCUAGUUUUCUUCCCCGCCUAUUUGUUAGGGGAAAUCCCCUCGAACCUGAUCCUCACUCGGGUGAAACCAUCCAUAUAUCUUCCUGGCAUCACGAUGGUCUGGGGUGUGAUUGCAACCCUAAUGUCUCAAGUUCAAACAAAGGAGAGUUUGAUCGGUGUGCGAUUUGUCCUGGGUUUCGUUGAGUCUGGCUUUUUCUGCGGCGUACUCUUCCUGCUGAGCUCAUGGUACCGAAAAAAUGAGAUGUCACGUCGCAUGGCAUAUCUCUACGCCGCAGCGAUACUAUCAGGUGCAUUUGGCGGUCUUCUGGCUGGAGGUGUCAUCGAUGGUCUUGAGGGAGCUCGGGGGAUCCGCGGUUGGCGGUGGUUGUUCAUUAUCGAGGGGGCACUCACUGUCUUUUUCUCCAUUAUCUUCGUCUUUGUUCUUCCGAAUUGGCCGGCCAAUACUUCUUGGUUGACUGAGGAGGAGAAGGCGCUUGCGGAUGCUCGUAUCAGGGCAGAUCGCGUGGGCACCAUGGGCGCUUCCGCUAGAAUGAGCUCGUGGAACGGCGUACUCUCCGCACUGAGCGACUGGAGAAUGUACUUGUUGACGUUGAUGUACAUGUAUGUAUCUUUCAUUUUAGUCUACUUCAUUCCGACUCUAACGACCAAUCUUGGGUUUACUGGAAGAGCUGCGCAAUGGAUGACAGUUCCCGUGUAUAUUGUCACGCUGGUGGUCGAGAUGAUUCUAGCGUAUUCUUCGGAUUACUUCAACGAACGAGCCUUCCACAUCGCAAUACCUCUCUGCAUCUCAGGCAUUAUGUACGCUCUAUCGAUCGGUAUAGCAAACCAUCACGCCCAAUACGUCUUUCUGUGUUUCGGCUUUGGAGGCAUAUGGGGUGCCCUACCGAUCAUCCUCGCAUGGACGCCUAAUGUCAUCAAUUAUCCAAACGAGAAGCGUGCAGUAGUGCAAGCUUUUGUCAACAUGGUGGGGAAUCUCGCCUCUGUCUACGGUGCUUAUCUUUGGCCGGCAAGCGACGCUCCGCGGUAUAAGAUGGGCCUCGGCGUAACGUCAGCGAUGUGCUUUAUAUCAUCCAUUUGUAAGUUCAACCGAAUUGCGCUUUGUGUAGCACCCGAAUAA